AUUCUGUAACCCAAACAAUAACGAAACAACGUGCGUGCGGCUCGUCUUUAAAAAGUGCCGAAUUUGUUAAUUUUACCUUUAAAACUUACGCAAAACCAUCAUAAACAGUUAUGAAGAAUCUGUACCGUUUGUGCCAUCGAAGUGUCAAUUUCGGAACGUCGCUUCCACCGUUGGGUUCCACCGGUGGAACUCUGAUGGUAGUGGAUCCAAACAACAGUAAUGUUCUGUAUGUGGCAACGCUCGAUGACCGAUCUGGAGAGUAUGCAGUGUACCGCUGCGAUUGCGUCCCAUCUGAUCCGACCUGUGAUGUUAGUCCGUUCAGCAAGUUGUUACUUUCGGUACCGGGGCAACUGGUUGGACUGGAAUAUUUGGCACUCAGUGAUGAGCUGUGCUUUGCUAGUGCUGCCGGGGAGGUGAUGGUUGUUCGGAACGUUGACAGCACAGGCGGUGCUGUUGAACCAGAUGAGGUAACUUUUUGUGCUGGUGGAUUGGAUGCGAUGUGCUGGAGCCCUGACCAGGGAGUGGUGGUCUUUGUUGAUUGCAAUCUCAACGUGGUAACCAUGAAUGCGGCCUACGAUCCGAUUAACGAAGUGUGUCUGAAAGACGAUACCUUCGGCGAUCGAGAGUUUAUGAGCAUCGGCUGGGGAAAGAAGGAAACUCAGUUUCAUGGAUCGGAGGGAAAAGCCGCUGCGCGGCAAAAGAAAGAGGAAUCUGAUCUAGCAAUCGGAGAACAACAAAUUGACACGAAGUUGAAGAUCAGCUGGCGAGCUGACGGUGAACUGUUUGCUGUUGGGUUUCUGGGUCCUUUCGGUCGGGCUUUCAAAGUGUUCAACAAGGAAGGGGCACUGCAGUUCACCUCGGAGAAAUGUUUCGGUUUACAGACUGCACUGGCCUGGAGACCGUCUGGGUUGUGGAUUGCAAUGCCGCAACUGCUGAAGGAAAAGCAAGUGAUUGCUCUGUUCGAAAAAAAUGGAUUAAGACACAGGGAGAUUGAGUUGCCAUUCAAGUCGAACGAUGAAACCGUCGAAGGUUUAUACUGGAGUCACGACUCGGAGGUGCUGGUUAUUCACAGCAUUAAGCAAGAAAGCAAAGUGAAUAGUUUGUACUAUUUGAUUGUAUGUAAUUAUCAUUGGUAUACCAAGCAGUACGAGGAAUUCGAUAAGCAGAUCGUAGCCCUUGAGUGGGAUCUGAAUUAUUCAGAAGGUCGAACGCUUCAUAUCCUGCUGGAAGAUGGAGAACAUCGAGCGACACGCUGGAAUUUCACAGUCGAUCAUUCGCGGGGAUUAAACAAGACGGAUGAAUCCCUGGUGGCGGUCAUCGAUGGUUCCGCUUUGCUGCUGACAAAUUUCCGUAGUGUCGUGAUUCCUCCUCCAAUGUGUGGUUUUACGCUAAAAACAGAAAAGCAGCUCAACGCUGUUGGUUUUCUAAAUACUGAAAGUGACUCGUACAAUUCCAAUUGCUUUUUUACAGUAGAUCACACAAACACGAUCAGCUUCUACAGACCGGAGUUUUCGGAAGGUUCUGCAAAAACUAUUAAAGCCACUCAUACGAUAGGAAGUUUGAAAGUCCCAGCUGGAGUUUAUUCCCAUUAUUGCUGGCUCCGCAGCGAUAUUUUGCUCUCAGUUGAAGGAUCAAACACAAUUAAAAUCUACACCAUCGAUAUCCCCGAAAAUAAGAUAAAUUUGCAUAACAGCGUGACAGUCACCGAUCAAACGAGAAUGAUUGGUUGCAUCGAAGGAAUCAGUAAAAAUUCCGUCUUGAUUGAGGCUCUGUCAGGUCAGACGUUUCGUUUACAUGUCGAUGAACCGACAACUCUUGAAGAACAUUUAAAGCUGCCCGAUUUCUGUGAGCAGCUUCGAAUUAGAACAACGAGCGAUAACAGUAGUAAGAUUUACUCGCUACGCAAUCGACAAAAUCUCUAUCUCAACGGGUCUUUGAUUGCCUCCAAUGUGACCUCCAUGUUUUUAACAGAACGGUACCUUUUGUACACAACCAUUGCAGAGUUAAAGUUCGUCAAUCUCCAGGACAAUUCAGUGGUGGGAAACCGUCGCAUCGAACGGGGCUCAAAGUUGGUGACAGUCGUACCGAAAGCAGCGCGAACAGUGUUUCAGCUUCCGCGUGGCAAUCUGGAAGCGAUUGCUCCUCGCGUUUUGUCUCUUUGCCUAGUGGCGGAUCACCUGAACGCGCUGGAGUACUUCAAAGCUUUCGAUAUUCUACGAAAAGAGCGAAUCAACCUAAAUCUGAUUGUAGAUCAUGAUCCGGAACUGUUUCUCUCUAACAUUGAUCGCUUCCUGCAAGAAAUCACCAAUGUAAACUGGCUCAACUUGUUUAUUACCGAUCUUCAGAAUCAAAACGUCUGUCAGAGUAUGUACGAAAGCAAUUAUCCUAAAGGAAAAACCAAGCUGGUCACCAACGACUAUCAGUCUGAAGUAAAAGUCAACUUUCUGUGCGACAGGUUCCUUCAACUUAUGAGCAACAACUCGAACUACACUCUUCCCAAGAUCACUUGUUACGUGAAACUUGGCCGACUAGAACAGGCCCUAGAAGUCAUCUGGGCUCUGAAGCGUACCCAACGGCAAGAUGAAGCCGCUGAGGAAGCACUCAAAUAUCUGCUCUAUUUGGUUGACAUCAACGAUUUGUUCAACAUAGCGCUUGGGAUGUACGAUUUUGGGCUGGUUUUGUUCGUGGCUACUAAAUCUCAGAAGGACCCCAAAGAGUAUCUUCCGUUCUUGAAUGAGCUGAAGCGUUUGGAGGAAAACUAUCGUCGCUACAAGAUCGACUGCCAUCUGAAGCGCUUCUCCAAAGCUAUCGAACACAUGGCGGGAUACGAGCAUGAUGAUGAAAAAUUUCACGAGACACUGCAACUGACGAUAACACAUGGCUUGUACGCAAAGGCGAUGGCGGUGUAUCGUGGUAACCUGAGCUGCUAUCGAAAAAUUUGCGCACGCUAUGGUGACCAUCUAAGGCAGACCAACAAACAAGCAGACGCUAGCCUAAUUUACGAAAAGGCGGGUGAUUAUCAACAAGCAAUCGCAUCCGCUAGGAAUGCCCUCGAAUGGGAGAGAUGUCUGCGGUUGGCGAAGCUAGCAAAUUAUGAUGAAGCUGAUAUGCGAAGAUUGGUACAAACACUGAUUCCUGCUCUACAAGAAGCCGGUGAAUAUGAAGCGGCGGCGUGGUUGGUAAAAGAAUACCUCAAGGAUCCGACUUUGGCUGUGGAGACUUUGUUGAAGAAUCAACUAUUCGAAAAGGCACUUCUGGAAGCUCAGCUAGUGGAUGGAAGUUUAGUAGAGGCUGUGAUUCGCCCAGCUGUGGAAGAAUAUCUGCAAACACUGAAGCAGAAACUGACGGAUGAAAAAGAGGAAUUUUUGAAGCACAAGAAUCGACUGUUAGUCGUUCGACAAGAGAAAGCAGCCAAAAAACUGGAGCAGCCCAUUGAUGAAAACGAUCCCUAUCUGGAGGACUGUGAUCUGUAUUCGGACGCUUCAACGGUCGCUUCGUCCAAGUAUACUAGCAGCUCGGGGAGAUCGGGAAAAUCCCACCGUUCGAGCAAAAAUCGUCGAAAGCAUGAACGCAAGCUGCAGAAUCUGAAAGAAGGCAAUCCCUUCGAAGAUAUUGCCUUGAUCGAUGUCUUGCACGCACUGGUGUUGAGGAUCUGCAGUUCGGAUCGGCAGCGACACAUUCGAUCCGUCUGUAAGGUUGCAAUCGAACUGGACUAUCUGCAGCACGCUGGCGACAUUCAGCGUGAUUACGGAGCCCUGUACAAUUUGAUUAAGGUUUCGUUGGAUUCGAUUUGGAUCCCGGAAAUGGUGGUACCUGGCAGUGGGCAGGAUGUGGAGGCAACCGCGGCUGCUACCGGCGAUAUCAACCAGGUUCAGACUGUACAGCAUUAUGCGAUGAUUAAACCUCAUCAACGUUAUAAGCCCGAGUUACAGAGUAUUGCCUGGCAGUUUGAAGUGUUGAAAUAGUGAAGUUGAUGAUAUAUAGAUAGUAGUUUAAGACUAAGUUUGAAUUAAAUGCUUGAAAAGCGAGCGAAUGUUGUUUAUGUUUGAACGAUAAGAACGUUCGUAGAAUGCGUUUAUCUUUCGCUUAGCAGCUUCGUCGUAAGGUAAGUUCUUCAAUAAAUUGUCCACCAGUAUUCAAUUUUAUUAUGCCACGGCAGAAUUAUAAACAUUAUUAUUAACAUGAAAUAAA